CAGAAGGAGUGGGAGUAGAAGGCUGGUUGUGGAAGCGGAACGCGGCGGUUUAUUCGGUAUUAAACUCUCAGACUCUUCGCUUCAGAAUUUAAACCAUAACAACAUCAGCGCUGUAACGCCAUCACGCUUCUGCAGUCCUAACGCGUGUUUUUAGUUGAAUUAGUUUAGUCGGAGCCUGCCCGUUGUGGAUUAAAAUGAGUGUAGAGGCGUACGGGCCGAGCUCUCAGACUCUCACCUUCCUGGACACGGAGGAAGCCGAGCUGCUGGGAGCCGACACGCAGGGCUCCGAGUUCGAGUUCACCGACUUCACCCUGCCCAGCCAGACUCAAACCCAGGGUCAGACCCAGAGCCAGCUCGAUAACCAGGUGAACGGGCCAGAGGGAGUGCUGCAAAACGGAGAUGAUCCUGUUGUGAAAACCAGUCAGCUUCUGGCUGAGCUGAAUUUUGAAGAAGAUGAAGAAGACACCUAUUACACAAAAGAUCUUCCAGUGCAUGCAUGCAGCUACUGUGGCAUCCAUGAUCCUGCCUGUGUGGUAUACUGCAACACCAGUAAGAAGUGGUUCUGCAAUGGACGUGGCAACACCUCUGGCAGCCAUAUUGUCAAUCAUUUGGUGAGGGCCAAGUGUAAAGAGGUAACUCUGCAUAAAGAUGGCCCUUUGGGAGAGACUGUGCUGGAGUGUUACAACUGUGGCUGUCGGAAUGUUUUCCUCCUGGGCUUCAUCCCAGCCAAGGCAGAUUCUGUGGUGGUGCUCCUAUGCAGGCAGCCAUGUGCUAGUCAGAGCAGUCUAAAGGACAUUAACUGGGACAGCUCCCAGUGGCAGCCUUUGAUCCAGGAUCGAUGCUUUCUGUCUUGGCUGGUAAAGAUCCCGUCUGAGCAGGAGCAGCUUAGGGCACGUCAGAUCACCGCUCAGCAGAUCAACAAACUCGAGGAGCUUUGGAAGGAGAACCCCACUGCAACACUUGAAGAUUUGGAGAAGCCUGGUGUGGAUGAGGAGCCCCAGCAUGUCCUGCUGCGCUAUGAGGACGCCUAUCAGUACCAGAACAUCUUUGGUCCACUGGUCAAACUGGAGGCAGAUUAUGACAAAAAGCUUAAAGAGUCCCAGACCCAAGACAAUAUUACUGUUAGGUGGGAUUUGGGACUGAAUAAAAAGAGGAUUGCUUAUUUCACCCUUCCGAAGACGGAUUCAGGUGACAUGCGACUGAUGCAAGGGGACGAGAUCUGUCUGCGUUAUAAGGGAGACCUGGCUCCUCUCUGGAAGGGGAUUGGACAUGUCAUCAAGGUUCCUGACAAUUAUGGUGAUGAGAUUGCUAUAGAGCUAAGGAGCAGCGCUGGAGCCCCUGUGGAGGUGCCACACAACUUCCAAGUGGAUUUUGUUUGGAAAUCUACUUCUUUUGAUCGCAUGCAGAGUGCAUUAAAAACAUUUGCAGUGGAUGAGACCUCAGUGUCCGGCUACAUCUACCACAAGCUACUUGGUCACGAGGUUGAGGAUGUGAUUAUUAAGUGCCAGCUACCCAAGCGCUUCACUGCCCAAGGCCUUCCUGACCUUAAUCAUUCACAGGUGUAUGCUGUGAAGACUGUGCUGCAGCGUCCUCUCAGUCUGAUCCAGGGGCCUCCUGGUACAGGCAAAACUGUCACCUCAGCAACCAUUGUUUACCACCUGGCUAGACAGGGCAACGGACCAGUACUGGUGUGUGCUCCCAGUAAUAUUGCUGUAGACCAGCUGACUGAGAAAAUCCACCAAACCGGACUGAAGGUGGUGCGUCUCUGUGCCAAGAGCAGGGAGGCCAUAGACUCUCCUGUGUCCUUCUUGGCUCUGCACAAUCAGAUUCGCAACAUGGACAGCAUGCCAGAGCUGCAAAAACUGCAACAACUGAAGGACGAAACUGGAGAGCUGUCUUCCUCAGAUGAGAAGCGCUACAGAGCCCUGAAACGUACUGCAGAAAGGGAGCUGCUGAUGAAUGCUGAUGUGAUCUGUUGUACAUGUGUGGGCGCGGGUGAUCCUCGCCUGGCUAAGAUGCAGUUCCGCUCCAUUCUGAUAGACGAAAGCACCCAGGCCACUGAGCCAGAGUGCAUGGUGCCUGUAGUGCUGGGAGCCAAGCAGCUUAUUUUAGUGGGUGAUCACUGCCAGUUGGGCCCAGUGGUGAUGUGUAAAAAGGCAGCCAAGGCCGGUCUUUCACAGUCCUUAUUUGAGAGACUGGUGGUGCUGGGCAUCAGACCCAUCCGCCUACAGGUCCAAUACCGUAUGCACCCCUCACUCAGCGCCUUUCCCUCAAACAUCUUCUAUGAAGGAUCGCUCCAGAACGGAGUUACUGCUGCUGACCGCAUCAAGAAAGGAUUUGAUUUUCAGUGGCCUCAGCCAGAUAAGCCCAUGUUCUUCUAUGUGACACAAGGUCAGGAGGAAAUUGCGAGCUCAGGCACCUCCUAUCUCAACAGGACUGAGGCUGCAAAUGUGGAGAAGAUCACUACACGUCUGCUGAAAGCUGGAGCUAAACCCGACCAGAUCGGCAUUAUUACCCCGUAUGAGGGCCAACGCUCGUACCUGGUGCAGUACAUGCAGUUUAGUGGCUCCCUGCACACCAAGCUCUACCAGGAGGUGGAGAUUGCCAGCGUGGAUGCAUUCCAGGGCCGUGAGAAGGACUUUAUCAUCCUGUCCUGUGUCAGGGCUAAUGAGCACCAGGGCAUCGGCUUUCUCAAUGACCCACGCAGGCUAAACGUAGCCCUUACCAGAGCUAGGUAUGGUGUGAUCAUUGUGGGAAACCCUAAAGCUCUCUCCAAGCAGCCACUCUGGAACCACCUGCUGAACUACUACAAGGAGCAGAAGGUGCUGGUGGAGGGACCUCUAAACAACCUGAGAGAGAGUCUGAUGCAGUUCAGCAAACCUCGGAAGCUCGUGAACACAAUAAAUCCGGGAGCCCGGUUUAUGAGCACUGCCAUGUACGAUGCCAGGGAGGCCAUGAUCCCUGGAUCAGUGUAUGACCGCAGCAGCACUGGUUUUGCUGUCACAGGUCGUCCAUCGAACAUGUACUUCCAGACUCAUGACCAGAUUGGCAUGAUUGGUGCAGGGCCAAACCCAAUGGCCUCUAUGAACAUUCCCAUCCCAUUUAACCUGGUCAUGCCUCCCAUGCCCCCACCAGGAUACCUGGGCCAGGUUAAUGGCCCUGCUGUUGGCCGUGGUGCUCCAAAGGGUAAGACGGGUGGACGUGGGGCGCGUCAGAGGAAUCGUGGCAUUGGCAAUCAUGGCAGUGGCCAGGCCAACAUGACAAGCAGCCAAGCUAGUCAGGAUCUGGUGUCUCAGCCCUUCUCCCAGGGCCCUUUGACCCAGGGUUACAUUACCAUGAGCCAGCCUUCACAGAUGAGCCAGCCAGGCCUGUCUCAGCCUGAACUCUCCCAGGACAGUUACCUGGGUGAUGAGUUUAAGUCACAGAUGGACGUGGCACUGUCCCAAGACUCCACUUACCAGGGUGAACGGGCAUACCAGCAUGGAGGAGUGACCGGACUCUCGCAGUACUAGAGUGUUGUUGGAACGGGAGCUAGGCCUACGCUGAGCUUAGUUCAUCAGCAUUUUAAAUCUGGGUUAAUAUAAAAAAAGAACAAACAUGGAUGCCCGUUUUCCACUGUUACAACUGAAGCACCAUGGUGUGAGAACAACAGGAGAGAAUCAAACCAAUCACACGUGUGAAAAUAGAGGGAGAAAAGCAGUACAAGAAGAGAGGAAAUGAACGGGAGUGGAGGGAGGAAACCACCCCACCACUCUCUAGCGAUGGGAAGGAGGAGAGAGGAGGAGACGCAGCAUAGGAGGAGACAAUGUAGGAGGGAAACCAAACCGAGAUCUUCGAUCUGCAACUCCGCAUAGUCGAGGCGCCUCCUGGGGAGCAGGACGGCCCCUUACCUGCCUCCUCUCUCUCGCCAGGCUGCAGCUGGCAGUCGCAGACCUCGCUCUGCCACCCGAGACGGAGAGAAGACGAAGUUCUCUUAAAACUACCUGCAAAAAUGCCGUGCUUGCUCAGUCGUCUCCACAAGCUGAAAGAUGGGGUGACAUCUUUUAGAAAAAAUGGAUCAAAUAGAAAAAUGUUAAGGAACGCUUUCAAGCAGCUGGUUUCAGGAAAACUUUCCCUUAGAAGUUUGGAUCUGACUUUCAGAUUUUGCCACCAAACAACUUUGAGAGAUGGUUGAAAUCUAGGGUUGUGUUUUUAAUCUUUUUUUUUUUUUUUUUUUUUUUUUUUUUUUGUGGUGUUGGAGGAGUUAUCUCAAAAAAUUGUGCCAAGUCACUAAAAGCAAGAUUCAACAUUAGGGAAAGUUUUCCACCUGAAAUUUGUUAAGUUGAAAUUAAGGAUUGGAAAGCCAGCGAGAUGCUGCCUGCUCUGGUUGACUGACAAUUAAAAAGAGGGAAGUCACAUAUGUUUUUGGGAUAGAUAUAUUUAAGCGGAACAGAAGGGUUGAAAUGUCUGAUGUUUUUGUUUUCGUUCAAGUUUAAUACAUUACAGUAAAGUGUAGUUUGAUGUUUCACCUAGAUUUACAUAUUUUCAUUAUUGGUUUGUACGUCUUUCUACUUUAAACAGCAGUGACUGGUCCACUAGAAAAUGGUGUGAAAUGGCCACUGUAUGCCACCAUAGUCUACCAGAUUGUACUCGCAGAGGUUCAGGAAACUAAAGUCAGAGUUAAUGUUUAAGAAAGGAAAAAGAUCAUACCGAACCGGUAGGAAGACAUAAGAAUCAGUUCUUGUGAAUAGAGCAGGUCUUUGUGGUCAGUUGUUGUGGCUUCAGUACUAAGCUAAAAUGUUUAGUUUCAAUAGAGGCAACGCCACAAAGUACCUCUCCUCCCCUUUUUUCUAUUUCGAAUUACUCUCUGGUUAAGCACAUUUUAACUAAUCUACCACAGUAGAUGUUUUUGGUUGAUUUCUUUCAGACCUGUGAGUAAAUUAUAAAGAUCCCAAGAUCUGAUGGCCGUUUGUGAAAGGUACAGGGCAGACGGGUAGAAUUCUCUCUAGGAUUGACGUGAGCAAACCGAAAGAGGCUGCUGUGCUCUUGUCUCUUGCUUACUUGGAUGCCAGUGUGUGCAUAGGUAGUCAUGUUCUGCUAUGGAGGUUGUGUAUGUGCCUCCUAAAUAACUGUCCCUCUUGUUUUGUGAUUUGUAGCAGUCUUGAUUUUUCUUUUUGUUAACCAAAUAGCAAAUUUCCUUUGUAAAGUCUAUAUAUGAAUGCAUGGUUACACAUUAUCCACUCUAAUGCAACUAUCCAAAACUACUUUUCAUUAUUUGCUUAGUUUGUCCUUUUACUUUAAACACUUUGAUACAGCUUCACUGCUGCAACAUGCGCUCGCCUUAUCCUGUUUAACCCUGAAUCUUCAUGCCUUGCUCUUACUCAUUAUCUAAUAUCACAUCUACUCGUCAGUCUUUUGAGUUCCUAUUGUUUGAAACAAUGUUCAUUGUCUGAUGGAAAAUGAAUUCAUAAUCAGUGCUUCGAUAUAAAAUAUUCUUUAGGUUGAUUAUUGCUCGUGUGCAUAGUGCUUUCAUUGUUAAUCUUAUUGAUGGUAUCAUCUAAAUGUAGGCUGUAAUUUAGACAGAUUAAACUUUAGAACAUGCCUUCACAUUCUCCUUUUUCAAAGAAAUGCAUUUCACUCGUAUUAUUGGUUUCCUUUACUGAGGUGUACCUUGUGAUUAGCCAAAUAUUGUAAGCAGUUACUGCCCACAUCUAACAAAACUGGGUCUGUUAUUUAGGUUUACCAUUUAAUUAUUAUUACUGCGUAUGACAUGGCCAAAAUCAACAAAUACUUGAUUGAGAAAGCCCACACUGACGAGGUUGUGUAAUUAGUUAGGGGCAGUGUGUACUGUCGCUCAUGUACUUUACCAGCUCAUCGACGUUGCAGUCAGUGAAAUUGCAACAGACUGGAAUAAUGAAGUACCAGUCGGACUCUGACCAACAAGAAAAUUUCAAACUAAAUAAGAACUCACAAAUUACCAGAGAUGAGAUUUUCUUUAAUAUUUUCCCAACAGUAUGUAAUUUCUUGUAAUGUCACAAUAAACUAUGCUUUUUUCCUCUCAGAAA